AUGUGCAGCUCGAAGCUGUUUCUACGACAUAGCAGGUCUAUAGCAACGCCCAUCAUCCCUUCUCAGCCUUCGUCGAUCGUGAUCCCAAACCGAUGCUUCUCGCGCUUGACCUCUCGAUCAAAGCCAUCCCUCCUCCUCGUCAAACCGCUUUCGAAUGCGUCGCUUCUUAAGAGCUCCCCCAAUGGCUCCAGCAACAUCUGCCCCCGAACGACCUCACAAGUCCAUCUCCUUAGACAAGCCUUUUCUACCACAUCGAGACACCGAGAGGAGGCGGCAGCUGAGCGAAAGCAGCAGCCAGCAGCUCAAAUAGAACGAGAGAUACAGACAGAACUCUUAGCAGACGAGAACAAAUCCCUGGAACCCGACGAACUAGAUCAUCCAGACGAUGAGCGAGGGUUCGGGCGAUCAAAAAAGGCUGCACAGAACACACAAGUCGACUUGAGCGCACGCUUGUCGAAAGGUCCCAAAGACACGGACAAAGGCUUGGGUUUAGCAGAGACAUGGAGACUGAUUAAAAUUGCACGGCGGGAGACGAAGGUCUUGAGCGCUGCCGUUGCACUCUUACUCGUCUCCUCCGCGGUAUCAAUGACUAUCCCAUUCUCGAUUGGCAAAUUUCUCGAUGUUGCUACUGCCACAGAAGUAGCCAAACAACAGCUCUACGGGUUCGACUUACCCACACUAUAUAUUGGACUUGGAGCUAUUUUGACGGUGGGCGCUGGGGCAAACUAUGGGCGGAUCUUAAUUCUACGAAUCGUCGGUGAACGUGUAGUUGCAAGACUACGGUCUCAACUUUUUAGGAGGACAUACGUACAAAAUGCAGAAUUCUUCGAUGCGAACAGGACUGGAGAUCUGAUAUCUCGAUUGAGCUCAGAUACUGUCAUUGUGGGCAAAAGCAUUACACAAAACUUGUCAGAUGGUCUACGUUCUCUCGUCAGCGGUCUUGGUGGGAUGACCAUGAUGGGCUAUACAAGUCUCAAGCUUACCAGUAUCCUCUUGUUAUGCUUUCCACCCGUGGCUAUUGGAACUUUCGUUUUCGGUCGGAUGAUGAGGACCCUGAGCCGGCAAAUACAGAAGAACCUGGGAACGCUGACCAAGAUUGCCGAAGAAAGACUGGGCAACGUCAGGACUAGCCAAUCUUUUGCAGGCGAGAUUUUGGAGGUCGGCAGGUACAAUAAUCAAGUCAAGAAGAUAUUUGCCCUUGGCAAGAGAGAAGCGUUCAUCACCGCGACGUAUUUCAGCGGCACUACUCUUAUAGGCAAUUUCACCAUCCUAGCCCUCCUUUACGUUGGCGGAGGGAUGGUUCAAUCCGGCACCAUUACCAUUGGCGAGCUCACCUCCUUUCUAAUGUAUACCCUAUACGCUGGCUCCAGCCUCUUCGGUCUCUCAGGCUUCUGGUCUGAGCUCAUGAAAGGCGUAGGCGCAGCUUCCCGCCUCUUCGAAUUACAAGACCGGAAACCCACCAUCAGCCCCACAGUAGGCCUCCCCGUCACCUCCGCCCGCGGCGUCAUCAACUUCCACGACCUCUCCUUCAGCUAUCCCACCCGCCCCGCCGUAAACAUCUUCCAAGACCUCGACUUCUCCAUUCCGCAAGGUUCCAACAUCGCCAUUGUCGGGCCCUCCGGCGGUGGUAAAUCCACCAUCGCUUCUCUUCUCCUGCGCUUCUACACACCCACUCAAGGCUCCAUCAGCAUCGACGGCACCGAUAUCGCAAAAAUGAACGUCAAGCAGCUCCGGCGUAAAAUCGGCGUCGUAUCCCAAGAACCCACGCUCUUCUCUGGCACAAUAGCAGAAAACAUUGCAUACGCAAAACCGCGCGCCACGCGCCUCGAGAUUAUCACGGCUGCCCGUAAAGCCAACUGCAAAUUCAUCGAGGACUUCCCCGACGGUCUCGACACCUCUGUCGGACCACGCGGAGCCCAGCUCUCCGGCGGUCAAAAACAGCGCAUAGCCAUCGCACGAGCACUCGUCAAGAACCCCGACAUCCUGAUCCUCGAUGAAGCCACGUCGGCCCUAGACGCGGAGAGCGAGACGCUGGUGAAUCAAGCGCUUGGUGCACUAUUGAAGGGCAAUAAUACCACAAUCUCGAUUGCGCACCGCUUGAGCACGAUCAAGAGGAGUGAUAGGAUUAUUGUGCUGAGCAAUGAUGGCAAGGUGGCUGAGCAGGGCAGUUAUGAUGAGUUGAUACAAAAUAAGGAGGGGGCGUUUACACAAUUGAUGGAGUGGCAGAUGAGCGGAGGGGAGAAGGGCGAGGAGGGGAAGAAGAGGGACGAUAGUGACUUGUUGGAGGCGAUUGCUGAGGAGGGAGACGCGGCGGAGGCUAUUAAAGAGGAGGUGGAGGAGAUACAGACUGAGACAGCUUCGGAGGAUGAAAAGUCAGUGAGGUGA